AUGUCGGGUGAACAGAGUCACACCAAGAGUGAACGCGACCAGGCACAGGCAAAGCAUCUUAAAGGGACCUCCAAAGCACAGCGCAGAACACCGCCUUGCUCCCCGACAAUGACCCAGCCUAAGAGGAGCAAUGGCCAACUCAUCCACACAUGCAAGUGGCAGACCAAGAGGCCUAAAAUGGCGGCAACAGCAGCACAAAUCUACAGCCACAGCUACAGCCAACGAAUACACCGGCAUGUGGGAACCACAACUGGAGCCACAUUAUACAUACCGACUAGGUCCUCUGCCCUCACUGAGACUCUCUUCUCCUACACUGCUGGACCACAGGGAAUGCG